UCGAGCAGCCGCCGCCGGCCGGACGGGCGCCGCUCCCGCCGCCUCCGCUCCGCCCGCUCGGUCGCGCCGCCCGCCCCUGCCUGGCAUGUCGGCAGCCGUGGCGUGCGUGGAUUACUUCGCCGCCGACGUGCUCAUGGCCAUCUCCUCAGGCGCCGUGGUGCACCGCGGGCGACCGGGCCCCGAGGGCGCGGGCCCGGCCGCUGGCCUGGAUGUGCGCGCGCCGCGCCGCGAGGCCGCCCCGCCCGGGCCCCCGGGGCCGCCGCCGCCGGCCCCCGCCGUCCCGGGCCCAGGCCCGGGCGCCGCCGCCGCCGCACCCCACCUGCUGGCCGCCAGCAUCCUGGCCGACCUGCGCGGCGGGCCCGGCGCCGCUCCGGGGGGCGCCUCGCCCGCCUCCUCUUCUUCGGCCGCCUCGUCCCCGUCCUCCGGCCGCGCCCCCGGCGCCGCGCCCGCCGCCGCCAAGAGCCACCGCUGUCCCUUCCCGGGCUGCGCCAAGGCGUACUACAAGUCCUCCCACCUCAAGUCGCACCUGCGGACGCACACAGGUGAGCGCCCCUUCGCUUGCGACUGGCCGGGCUGCGACAAGAAGUUCGCGCGCUCCGACGAGCUGGCCCGCCACCAUCGGACGCACACGGGCGAAAAGCGCUUCCCCUGCCCGCUCUGCUCCAAGCGCUUCACCCGCAGCGACCACCUGACCAAGCACGCGCGCCGCCACCCCGGCUUCCGCCCGGAACUGCUCCGGCGCCCGGGCGCCCGCAGCACCUCGCCCAGCGACUCGCUGCCCUGCAGCCUGGCGGGCAGCCCCGCGCCCAGCCCGGUGCCCAGCCCGGCCCCCGCCGGCCUGUAGAGCCCCAGUCCAGCCGCCCUGAGCGCGCCCCCGCUGGGCCUGGGCAUGGAGCACCAGCAACACGCCUACUGUCCCGGCCCGGGGCGGGGAACGGACUGACCGCCAGCCCGGCCCCUUCCAGUGUCCCCCUGAGGGCCCCCAAGAUGCCCUUGCCCCCUCGAGAAAACAAGGAGGGGUCUGAGACUGGACCGGGGUCAUCCGGGCCUUGGAGUUUGCUCUCGGGAGGGGUAGUGGCCCCGUGUCUGUAUAUAGCCAUGAUCGUUAACUCUCUUCCCAGCUGUUAAACAGGGACCCUGGGUGGGUGGCCAGGAGGCGUCCCCCUUCCCCCUUCGCCACCUCCCUGCUUUGAGGGGCGUGUGGGUCUUGGGGGGAGGUGGCCCAGGAAAGGCACCUCCUAACCGGUGUUCACACUUGGUCCCCAGGCCCCUCUGUCCACGUUGGGAUGAAGUAUGCAAAGAGCCAUAGGUGAACCAGGGGUUACCGCGGGCUGCCUCGUGUCCCCCCAUCCCCCGCCCCGGGAGCCCCUCACCCCGCCGAAAGCCAUUGGAGACGUUCAGGGAAACGGGGUGUGGCCCGGCCGCCCCCAUUCGGGUACUCAAUCUCAGGUGUCCACAGGUUCUGCCCCACUGCUCACGGGAGGGGCCCCUCAGCUCCCCAGCCUCGAGGGCUGGGUGGGUGGGGACGGGGGAGGUCGUAGGGUUUCCAUAGGGGUACCGGUUUUGCUUCUGAGA